AUUAUAGAAGGUCAUUACGUAAUGAAAUAAUUUCAGACUUAUUUUAUUCUAUUUUAUUUCAUUAAAUAAACCUAUAGUAAUAUAGUCUGUAAAUUAUAAACAAUGUGCACAGAUAACUAAAUACGGGCAGGCGGCGUACGGGUGUAUCGUUUAAUAAAUAAAAAAUAAAUACAUACGAAUACUUAUUAAAAUUAAAUGCGUACAUAAAGGUUUUUACAAUGGCUUAUCAUUACGUAGUUACCGCACAGAAGCCUACAGCAGUUAUAUCAUGUAUCACAGGAAAUUUUACAUCACCUACGGAUCUGAACCUUCUAGUGGCGAAGGUGUCUCGCCUGGAGAUGUACCUAGUAACUCCAGAGGGACUGAGACCUAUGAAGGAGGUUGGGCUGUAUGGGAGGGUGGCUAAGAUGAAAUUAUUUAGACCACCGUAUGAGCAAAAAGAUUUAGUAUUCAUACUGACGGCUCGUUACAAUGCUAUGAUACUGGAAUGGAGGACAGGGGCUAACGGGGAGCUGGAGGUAGUCACCAGAGCUCAUGGCAAUGUUGCCGACCGUAUCGGCAAACCAUCGGAGAACGGAAUUCUGGCAGUCAUAGACCCACAAGCCAGAGUGAUUGGACUCAGGCUAUAUGAUGGAUUAUUUAAAAUAAUACCACUGGAUAAAGAUUCUACUGAGCUCAAAGCUGCUAGUUUAAGAUUAGAAGAGCUGAAUGUGUACGACUUAGAAUUUCUGCACGGAUGCUCAAAUCCAACAUUAAUUUUAAUUCAUCAGGAUCUCAAUGGAAGACAUAUUAAGACCCAUGAGAUUAAUUUAAGGGACAAAGAAUUCAUGAAGAUACCAUGGAAGCAGGACAAUGUGGAGACAGAGGCUUCAAUUCUCAUUCCAGUUCCAAGUCCACUUGGUGGUGCUAUUGUGAUUGGUCAAGAAUCUAUUGUGUAUCAUGACGGACAAAGUUAUGUAGCAGUUGCACCGCCACAGAUAAAGACCCCUAUCAACUGCUACUGCCGCGUGGACGUUCGCGGUCUCCGCUACUUGCUGGGCGACAUCGCCGGCCGCCUGUUCAUGCUGUUGUUGGAACUGUCGGAGCGAGACGGCACAGCCUCUGUCAGGGACCUCAAAGUUGAACUGCUCGGUGAUAUCCCGAUACCCGAGUGUAUGACUUAUUUGGACAACGGCGUGGUGUUCGUGGGGUCUCGCUUGGGGGACAGCGCCCUGGUCCGGCUGGCCGCGGUGAGGGACGACGCCUCGCAGUACGUGCAACCCAUGGAGACCUUCACCAGCCUCGCGCCCAUCGUCGACAUGUGCGUCGUGGACCUCGAGCGCCAGGGACAGAACCAACUCAUCACGUGCUCCGGUGCGUUCAAGAUGGGUUCGCUGCGUAUAAUACGGAACGGGAUCGGCAUCCAGGAGCAGGCGUCCAUAGACCUGCCCGGCAUCAAGGGCAUGUGGGCGCUCACACUCGGCCAGGGACCGCACCACGACACCCUCGUACUGUCCUUCGUGGGGCAGACUCGUGUGCUGACUCUAAACGGCGAGGAGGUGGAGGAGACAGAGAUAAAGGGUUUCGUGUCGGACAGACAGACAUUCUUCACCGGGAACGUGUGCCACGACCAGCUGAUCCAGGUCACCGACGAGGGUAUACGACUCAUAGGACGCGGGCCAGGUGGCUGGAACGGAGUCGCCGCCUGGGCCCCGGCAGGCCGAGCGGUGUCCGUGGUGUCGUGUGGAGAAACGCGGGCCGUGGCCGCCGCUGGGCUGAGGAUAUACCUCGUGGCCAUAAAACAGGGGGCGCUGGAAUUGAUUUCUGAGGUGUGCAUGAACGAGGAGGUGGCCUGCCUGGACCUGGGCCCGGGAGGCGAGGAGGCCCUGCUGGGUGUUGGGCUAUGGACUGAUAUAUCCGUCAGAGUGCUCAAGUUACCGGACCUCCGACCACUCCACACGGAGAAACUCUCUGGAGAGAUAAUCCCCCGCUCUCUUCUCAUCUGUGUGUUGGAGGGCGUGUGUUAUUUGCUGUGCGCGUUGGGUGACGGCUCUAUGUUCUACUUCACCGUAGACCCGGACAGCGGAGUGCUCACCAACAAGAAGAAGGUCACACUUGGCACGCAGCCCACAGUACUCAGGAGCUUCAGAUCGCUGUCAACGACCAACAUCUUCGCGUGCUCUGAUCGUCCAACAGUUAUAUUUUCGUCCAACCACAAGUUGGUUUUCUCCAACGUUAAUCUCAAGGAAGUGGCCCAUAUGUGUUCACUCAACGCCGUGGCUUAUCCCGACAGCCUUGCUCUAGCCACAGACAGCACAGUGACCAUCGGUACCAUAGAUGAAAUACAGAAGCUGCACAUCCGAACCGUGCCCCUGGGGGAGACGCCCAGACGCAUCGCGUACCAAGAAGCUUCGCAGACGUUCGGCGUGAUCACGAUGCGCGUGGACAAGGUGGAGUGGACGGGCGGGUGCGGCUCGCUGGUGCGGCCCUCGGCCUCCACGGCCGCCGCUUCCGCCUCGGCCGCCGCGCCGCCCUCCAAGCACGCGCCCGCCCCGCUCGACCUCGAGCUCCACAACCUGCUCAUACUGGACCACCACACCUUCGAGGUCCUCCACGCUCAUCAACUGCUGGCCAACGAGUUCGCCAUGUCGCUAGUGUCGUGUAAGCUGGCCGACGAUCCCAACCACUACUACGCUGUGGGCACCGCCAUACUCAACCCCGAGGAGUCGGAACCCAAACAGGGGAGGAUUCUCUUAUUCCACUGGUGCGAAGGAAAACUCACUCAAGUUGCUGAAAAAGAAAUCAAAGGAGGUUGUUACACGUUGGUGGAGUUCAAUGGAAAGUUACUAGCAUCCAUAAAUAGCACUGUUAGAUUAUUUGAAUGGACUUCGGAGAAGGAGUUGAGAUUAGAAUGCAGUCACUUCAACAAUAUUGUGGCCUUGUACCUCAAAGUCAAGGGCGACUUCAUACUUGUGGGAGAUCUCAUGAGGUCCAUGUCUUUGUUGCAGUACAAGCAGAUGGAGGGUUCCUUUGAAGAGAUAGCUCGUGACUACAGCCCCAACUGGAUGACGGCCGUCGAGAUCCUAGAUGACGACACCUUCCUCGGGGCCGAGAACAGCUUCAACCUCUUUGUAUGCCAAAAAGACAGCGCGGCCACGACUGAUGAAGAGAGGCAGCAGAUGGGCUACAUGGGUCAGUUCCACGUCGGUGACAUGGUGAACGUGAUGAGGAGGGGCGCUCUGGUCGCUCAACUCGCAGACACCGCCGCGCCCGUUGCCCGACCCGUCCUGCUGGCUACUGUCUCCGGCGCUAUAUGUCUGGUUGUGCAAUUAUCACAGGAACUAUUUGAUUUCCUUCACCAACUAGAAGAGAGGCUCACACACACCAUUAAAUCGGUGGGCAAGAUCCCUCACUCGUUCUGGAGAUCUUUCAACACUGAUAUCAAAACUGAACCAGCCGAAGGGUUCAUCGACGGUGACCUGAUAGAAAGUUUCUUAGAUCUCUCCAGAGACAUGCAGCAAGAAACCCUGCAAGGAUUACAGAUUGACGACGGCGGUGGCAUGAUGAGAGAUGCCACAGUUGAUGAUCUCAUCAAAAUAGUGGAGGAUCUCACCAGGAUACAUUAGCGGCUCGUGCUCAUUAAACAAUUUCCUCCUCUCCGACUGUUUAUUUAAUUCCCUUGUUCGUGUGAUUACAUUUAAUUUAAGACAAAGUCAGUUUCUAUUUAAAUUAUUAUGAACAAGCUAAUGUAGCAUAAAACUUUGUAAGUAAACAUUUUAAGUUGUAUAAUUAAUUAAUUCUUUAUCAUUAUUAUUAUAAUUACUUUAAUGCCAUUUCUAUAUAAAAUGUAUUGUUCCCAGCGUUGCAAACAUUUAUUGUGUCACGAAUAAAAAAACACAUUUAGAAUUCCAUAAUUUUAUUAAAACAAGAUUAUAAUCACAGACCAAAUAACAAGAAAGUCUGUACUCUGGCAGCAUUAAGCAAUCUCUGGCGAGUGCUUAAAAUUCAGAUGGAAGGAAUUACAUGUUUAGAAAUACACUAACAUAAUUAAGGUUCAAAAUUCAUUAUUUUACUUUAAAUGUCAACUGUCUUAUACAAAACUCGUCUUCAAGAUCCAAUCACUAUUGUUAUGUUUUGAAAUUAAGUAGUUAUGUUAUGUACUACAUGUAUACGGUACAGAAUUAUAUCUAAAUGUAUCAUUGGAAUUGUAGCCAUAGUUAGUUAUUCGGAUGAAACAAAAUAAAUGAAAGUAAACAAUAAAUACUUCAACUAUUA